CCACCGCCUUUUCUUCUCCCUCUCCUACCCCUCCCCGGCUCGGUGUGCGCCUCUUCGCCUUCUCUCCCCGCUGCGUUUUAUUUAUUCAUAUUUAUUUGGCGCCCGCUCUCUCUCUCUCUCCCCUUCCCUCCCUCCCCCUGGAUCCCUGCUCUCUCCCCGGAGUGGCGCGUCGGGGGCUCCGCCGCUGGCCAGGCGUGAUGUUGCACGUGGAGAUGUUGACGCUGGUGUUUCUGGUGCUCUGGAUGUGUGUGUUCAGCCAGGAUCCGGGCUCCAAGGCCGUGGCCGACCGCUACGCUGUCUACUGGAACAGCAGCAACCCCAGAUUCCAGAGAGGUGACUACCACAUCGAUGUCUGCAUCAAUGACUACCUGGAUGUCUUCUGCCCUCACUAUGAGGACUCUGUCCCAGAAGAUAAGACUGAACGCUAUGUCCUCUACAUGGUGAACUUUGAUGGCUACAGUGCCUGUGACCACACUUCCAAAGGGUUCAAGAGAUGGGAAUGUAACCGGCCUCACUCUCCAAAUGGACCACUGAAGUUCUCAGAAAAAUUCCAGCUCUUCACUCCCUUUUCGCUAGGAUUUGAAUUCAGGCCAGGCAGAGAGUAUUUCUACAUCUCCUCUGCAAUCCCAGAUAAUGGAAGAAGGUCCUGCCUAAAGCUCAAAGUCUUUGUGAGACCAACAAAUAGCUGUAUGAAAACUAUAGGUGUUCAUGAUCGUGUUUUCGAUGUUAACGACAAAGUAGAAAAUUCAUUAGAACCAGCAGAUGACACCGUACAUGAGUCAGCCGAGCCAUCCCGCGGCGAGAACGCGGCACAAACACCAAGGAUACCCAGCCGCCUUCUGGCGAUCCUACUGUUCCUCCUGGCGAUGCUUUUGACAUUAUAGCACAGUCUCCUCCCGUCACCUGUCACAGAGAACAUCAGGGUCUUGGAACACCAGAGAUCCACCUAACUGCUCAUCCUAAGAAGGGACUUGUUAUUGGGUUUUGGCAGAUGUCAGAUAUUUGUUUUCUUUCCUUCAGCCCAAAUUCUAAGCAACAGCUAGGGGUUGGGAGGCUAAACUAGUUGCUGCCUCCAUUCCCCCACCCCACCCCCAGUCCUUGCCCUCGACUUCUCUCACCCCCUCCACAUUAAAUGGACUCCAGAUGAAAAUGCCAAAUUGUCGUAGUGACACCAGUGGUUCGCCAGCUCCUGUGCAUUCUCCUGUAAGAGCUCACCUCCGUUAGUGCACCGGGUUGGCGGGAUACGGACAAGGAAGAAUAGUGGCAGAUGCCGCCCGUGAUGGCCAGGCCCGGGGGGUUCCCGCUCCUAUACAAUAUUUCUGCCUUCUCAUUCAGGACUGUAAGAUGAUCGUGCAGGGCAUCGUGUCACCAUGUCAGGUCCAGAGGGGAGGUAUUAAAAAUAGAUAUAAUAGUACACCAUUUCCUCUAGGAGUGUAUAAAUGAACAGGCUUCUAAAAGGUUGAGACACUGGGAUUUUUUAAUAUGACUGUCUUAAAACAUUCUUGACAGCAAAACUUGUGCUCUGUAAAAGAAACCUUUUUUUUUUUCUUUCUUUCUUUCCAGGAGGUGGCUUGGGUGCAGGAAUGCUAACCCAGAGCUAGUGUAAAAACAGAGAAAACUCUAUGUUUGGUGGGGUGUGUAUGUGUGAGUGCCUCUAGUUCUUUUGGUGACUGGGCAGUGGACACCAGAUUUUUUUUCUUUGAAUACAGAUCACCAUGGUGCUACAACUUUUUUUUUUU